GGGAAGGAUUACAGACAGAGGCAUUUCCUCAUUGCUACAAAAAAGCAUGGCUGAACCAUUUGACAGUCUGCCCUCCGACGACGAUUCCGCCGAGCCAGAGGAGGUUUGGGGCACGGCGGCCGCCGGCGAUCCCCGUCCCUCCCACCGGCGCUGCAUCGUGCACAUCGACAUCGACUGCUUCUACGCGCAGGUCGAGAUGCUGGAGCGUCCCGAGCUGCGGGAGCUCCCGCUCGGCAUCCAGCAAAAGAACAUUGUCGUCACCAGCAACUACGUGGCGCGUGCACGUGGCGUCGGCAAGUGCUGUUACGUCGCCGAGGCGCUGCAACGCUGCCCCGACCUGGUGCUUGUGAACGGCUCCGACCUGACCCGUUACCGGCGCAUGUCGGCGCGCGUCCACCGCGUGCUCACGCGCUUCUCACGCCGCGUCGAGCGGCUCGGCUUCGACGAGAACUUCCUGGACGUGACGGAGGCGACGGUGGCGCGGCUGGCGACCGAGACGCCGGCCAACGCCGACGGCCACGUGUUCGGCGACCGGCGCGAUGGCUGCGCGUGCGGCUGCGCGCCGCGCCUGACGACCGCGUCGCACGUGGCGGCCGAGGUACGGCGCGCGCUCCGCGACGAGCUCGGCAUCAGCAGCUGCGCCGGCGUCGGCUUCAACAAGCUGCUGGCCAAGCUGGCGUGCGCGGCGCACAAGCCCGACCAGCAGACGACCGUGUUCGCCGGCGGCGUGGACGCGCUGCUGCUGGGCGCCGGCGCGGCGCGCGGCCUGCCCGGCGUUGGCGCGCGCAUGGCCGAGAUGCUGGCCGAGCUUGGCGUGCGCUCCGUGGAGGACCUGCGACGCGCGCCGACUGAGCGGCUGCGUGCCGCGCUCGGUCGCGGCGCCGACACCGCGCGCGCACUGGCGUUCGGUGCCGACGAGGCCGAAGUGAAGACGUCGUCGGCGGCACUUAGCCUCGGCGUUGAGGACGGCUUUAAAUGCGUCGACAACGUGGGGGAAUGCGAGCUGAAGCUGCGGGAGUUGGCGCGCCGCGUGCUCAGGCUGCUGCGCGAGGACGGCCGACCUCCCACCGUGCUAAAGGUUUCCGUCCGGCGCUACCACAAAGACAACUAUUACCGCUUUCGCGAAAGCCGACAGAGCAAGGUGCCGCCUUCGCUGUUCCCCAAGGCCGUCUCACACGCCGAUGACAUCGAGGUGGUCGACAGGGUCGUGGCGGAGGCGAUGGUCCUGCUGAAGAAGAUGCUGAAGAACGAACCCUUCCAUCUGACGCUGCUAGGCCUGAUGGUGACCGGUUUCUCGGAACCGAGCGAGUCGGCGCAAGGAGGCAUCUCGAGGUUUGUGCAAAAGGCGACCUCGGUACCGGUCAAGAGGAAGAAGUCGAUCGACUCGGCGGAGGAUGAUGAUCCGGCGCCCGGAGGGGUGGACAGGGCUGUGUGGGCUAGCCUCCCGUCCGACAUCCAAUCGGAGCUCCUCCAGGAGCAGAGCUUCGGUUUCAGCAAGAGGCGUAAGCAGCAGUCGAUCGCAAAAUACUUUGACGGAGCCUCGAGUUCGACCUGUAAGCUGGAAAGUAACGCAAAUGUGGUGGCACUGGACACGGGUCCCGACGUCCCGGAGACCGUCUGCAGGUGCCCUCCUCGACGCAGCAGUGCGUCGCCGGUGGAGGUCAUAGAGCAGCUCGACGGUGGUGACAGUGACCUGGACGACCCGGGGUCGCCGGUGGUCUCUCGCUCGGCCGUCAAGCACGCAGUGGACGUCGGGUCAGUCCCGUGGAGCCCCGCGAUUCCUACCAAACUCGCCGGCACGUCUGAAAUAGCGGAGAGAAGAGACCCGCCGGACGUCGCCGCUCCCGGGACUGGCACCUCCGACAAUCCGUCGGGCAGGUCCGGACCAUCUCACUCUUCGGCGUCAAAACGCCGUGCCGCAACGGACCCUGCUGUCGAGCUUGUCGACCUCGCGGUGCCGGAGCUGGCGGACUCGACGCCUCCUGAACCCGACCCCCCGGCAGAGAACCCCGCGUCACCGGCAGACCCAUCCGACUCCCGGGCGGUGGCGCGCGGGCCGUCCCCGCCCGGUACCCGGCGGGAGGUGGGGUGUGCGGGACAGGCACCGAAGGCUUGCGGUGUGCCGGCUCCGCACCCCUGGGACCAGGACGUGUUUAGUCAGCUGCCGCCCGACAUCCAGUUCGAACUCAAGAUGGCGCAACGGGCUGAGCGGCGGCGGUCCUGCGCGCCGUCGCCAGCGCGGUCCAAGGACAGGACGCGCACCGCGGUCGCCAAGAACGGGCUCAUCAUGAGGUUCUUCAAGAAGUGAUUGGGUGUCUCGAGGCCGUGGACUGGUCGGGUGGCCAGUUCUCAUGCACGUACUCUGCUGUCUUUACUGAUCGUGGAACAUGUGUUUUCGAUCUGUUGGAGGCGUCGGACGAUCGUCGAUAACCUGCCGCUGCUGCUGGAGCGGCCUCGCUCGCCAGGUCGCUGGCACACCGGUCUUUCCAUACAAGUGCCAUGCACGCGUCAUGCGUUUGUCAUUAACGUCAUGUCACGCUGAUAGGCAUGCCGCCGCGCUUUGAAGCACCGGCGAGGCACCCACGGGACCAGAGCUUACGCAUCUUGGAUCCAGAGGAGUUGAGAAUGAACGCUUUACUUGUCGAUCCUUGUUUGUUGAGCCUUUCCCUCUAGUCUGGUAUGUCCUCAACACGUGUCUUGC